AUGUCGGGUCGCACCGUUGAGGAAAUAUACCAAAAGAAAACGCAGCAUGAACAUAUCCUUGCCCGACCUGAUAUGUACAUUGGUACAAUCGAGCCUGUAACGGAGGAUGUGUGGGUGUACGACGAGGCGGACAAUGUGAUGAAGCUACGGAAAUGCACAUGGACACCUGGUCUGUAUAAAAUAUUCGACGAGAUACUCGUUAAUGCUGCAGACAAUAAGGUACGUGAUCCCCAUGGGCAGACGACCAUCAAAGUGUGGGUUGAUGCCGCGAGGGGACUAGUGCGUGUGUACAACAAUGGUGAGGGUAUUCCCGUACAACGCCACCGGGAGCAUGACUUAUGGGUACCAGAGAUGAUAUUUGGUCACCUGCUGACUUCGUCAAAUUACGAUGACACAGAGGCAAAGGUGACGGGUGGGAGGAACGGGUUUGGUGCGAAGCUGACGAACGUGUUUUCCACACGCUUUGAGGUGGAAACAGUUCACUCCCGGUCGCGUAAGAAGUUCUUUAUGCGGUGGCGAAAUAACAUGCUGGAGAACGAGGAGGCUGUAAUCACCCCUUGUGAUGGUCCUGACUAUACUGUUGUGACUUUCUACCCGGACUUCGAGAAGUUCAAUUUGGAAGGUUUCACGGAGGACAUGGUUCUCAUCAUGCAGCGUCGUGUGUAUGAUAUAGCAGGCUGCACAGACAAGUCGUUGUGCUGCUACCUUAAUGAUACACGGAUUGCAUGCAGGUCCUUUCCCGAGUACGUAGAUUUAUAUCCCACGAUGGGUGAGGAACGUAAACCUUCUAGCUACUCCCGAGUAAAUGACCGAUGGGAAGUUUGUGUGCGUGUCUCAAAUGUUGGGUUCCAGCAGGUGAGCUUCGUCAAUUCGAUUGCAACGACACGUGGCGGGACGCACGUGAAGUACAUCGUGGAUCAGAUUAUUGCUAAGGUGACAGAUCAAGCGAUGCGUAAAAGCAAGACGGAGGUGAAACCACACAUGAUCCGACCGCAUCUUUUCAUUUUCGUCAAUUCACUAAUUGAGAACCCCAGUUUUGAUUCCCAAACAAAGGAGACGCUGAACACACCUAAAGCACGCUUCGGUUCUACUUGUGAUCUCCCUGCGUCUUUGAUUGACUGCGUGCUGAAGUCGAGUAUCGUGGAGCGUGCGGUGGAGAUGGCGAACAGCAGACUGAACCGUGAGAUGGCCAUGAAAAUGCGCAACACGAAUCGUAAACAGAUAUUGGGAAUACCUAAGUUGGACGAUGCGAAUGAAGCUGGUGGAAAGUACAGCCAACGUUGCACCCUGAUACUUACUGAGGGAGAUUCCGCCAAGGCUCUCUGUACUGCUGGGCUGGCUGUUGAAAAUAGAGACUAUUUCGGUGUCUUCCCCUUGCGCGGUAAGCCACUCAAUGUUCGUGAUGCUUCAGUAAAGAAAGUGAUGGGAUGUGCUGAAUUUCAAGCGGUAAGUAAGAUCAUGGGCCUUGAUCUCAGCCAGAAGUAUACGAGCACCGAAGGACUGCGGUAUGGGCACCUGAUGAUUAUGUCUGAUCAGGAUCACGAUGGGUCACACAUUAAGGGUCUCAUCAUCAAUAUGAUUCAUAAUUAUUGGCCUGACCUGCUGAAAGUGCCUGGCUUCCUCCAGCAGUUCAUAACUCCCAUUGUGAAGGCGCGCAAGAAGGGAAGAGGGAACAAUGACGAAGGUACUAUUUCCUUCUUUUCCAUGCCUGACUAUUUUGAGUGGAAAAAUGCGGUUGGUGAGGGCAUCAAGAAUUAUGAGCUGAGGUAUUACAAGGGUCUUGGUACCUCCGGUGCAAAGGAGGGUCGUGAGUACUUUGAGAACAUUGACCGUCACCGACUAAACUUUGUAUAUGAAGAUAGAAAGGACGAUGAUGACAUUGUGAUGGCCUUCGCGAAGGACAAGGUUGACGAGCGUAAGCGGUGGAUUACCGAAUUUAAGGCAAAUACGAACAUUAAUGAGUCCAUGAACUAUAACGUCCGGAACGUAUCCUACUCUGAAUUUGUUCACAAAGAGCUUAUUCUUUUCUCUGUCGCAGAUUGUGAGCGGUCUAUUCCCAGUGUUGUGGAUGGUUUAAAACCUGGGCAGCGGAAGAUAAUGUUUUCAGCGUUUAAGCGUAAUCUUGUUCGAUCGCUUAAGGUGGCUCAGCUUGCUGGUUACGUCUCAGAGCACGCUGCAUAUCACCACGGCGAGCAGUCAUUGGUUCAAACCAUUGUUGGACUUGCACAGGAUUACGUGGGUGCAAACAAUGUCCCACUCCUCUACCGUGAUGGUCAAUUUGGUACAAGACUACAGGGAGGUAAGGACCAUGCUGCGGGACGUUACAUUUUCACCCGUCUCACUGACAUUGCGCGUCGCAUUUACCAUCCCUCCGAUGAUUUUAUUGUAGAAUACAGGGAUGACGAUGGUCUUUCUGUGGAACCUUUUUACUAUGUUCCUGUGAUUCCUAUGGUGCUUGUGAACGGGACUGCUGGUAUUGGCACUGGUUUUGCUACGAACAUACCCAACUAUUCUCCCCUUGAUGUCAUUGACAACCUAAACCGUCUGCUCUCUGGGGAGGAAUUGCAACCAAUGAAACCAUGGUAUUUUGGAUUCACCGGUACGAUUGAGGAACGGGAGAAGGGUAAAUUUGUGUCGUCUGGGUGUGCGACUGUGCGUCCUGAUGGGGUGGUACACAUCACGGAGCUUCCUAUCGGCACGUGGACGCAGCAAUAUAAGAAGUUCUUGGAGGACCUUCGUGAACGCGAGAUUGUUAUACAGUACCGUGAGCACAAUACAGAUGUGACAGUUGACUUCGAAGUGUUCAUUCAUCCUGAAGUGCUGCGGCAGUGGGUAGCACAGGGGUGUGUGGAGGAACGUUUGCAGCUACGGGAAUACAUCCAUGCGACGAACAUCAUUGCAUUUGACCGAGAAGGGAAGAUUACGAAAUACCUUGAUGCUGAGUCUGUACUGAAGGAGUUCUACCUGGUUCGUCUCGAGUACUACGCUCGCCGUCGUGAGUUCUUGCUGGAGCAAUUGCAACGCGCGGCACUCAAGCUUGAGAAUAUGGUUCGUUUUGUGAAUGAGGUUAUUGAUGGCACAUUUAUUGUUACACGGAGGAGCAUGAAGGAUGUGUUGAAGGACUUAAAGCAACGUGGAUACACUCCCUUCCCCCCGCAGCAAAAGAAGAAGAUGAGCUCCACCACUAUCGUUGAUGAGGAGGAUAACGAUGGUGCGCGUAAAAUAUUACCCGAUGUUUUUGAGUUUGAAAGUGUUCCGUUGUGCGAGCAAGUAAUUGGAAAAAUCUUAUGCACAGCUGAGCCGGAAGAGAUUAAUAUGUGGAAAGGGGUCUUAGUUGAAUACGACUACCUGCUCAGUCUAAGGAUGGUGGACUUAACAGUGGAAAUGGCUAUGUACUUUCGUACAAAGAGGGAACAAAUGCUGAAUAAGCAUAAUUUUGUGCUGUCUGCUUCCUCGAAGGACUUGUGGCGUGAGGACUUGGAUCUCCUGCGGUCCGAUAUUGAAAAACUUUUUGACGAACGGAGAAGAGAGAUUGCGCUGAUCCAAUGUAAGAAACUUGAGAAGAGGCAGUUUUUUGAUGUUUCGCGGUUGCGUGUACCUCUGCUGUCGGAUGCGGCGCGGAAAGCUGAUCGUAGUUUAGCACUUCGACAGUCGAACUGUAAGCGUGAAAUGUCUAGCAAAUGUGCCAGUGAAAGUUUUGCCCUUUUGGUCGAUGCGGGUGUUCGGGUUAGCGGGUUAACUGAAGGUUCUUCGAUCUGUGAUAUAAACGAGGCAAGGAGGAAAUAUGGACACUCAGUCGCUGGAGGUAAAAGGAGGUUGGUGCGUCAUGAUGAGGUUAGUAAGCGUGGGAAAUUUUCUUCCUGUGGGGAUCAAAGACAUGUUUCCCUUUCAGAUGGCUCUGAUACGGAUGAUUGUAGCAUUGGGGCGCCGAGUGUUUCACCCUCCGAUGCGACCCCGGCGACUCAAAAAUCGAGGAAAAUAUCCGAUUCUUCUUAUGGGUUCGGUAUCGAGGGCGAAGUGGAUAUAUUUUUUGAAGAUACCGUCGGGGAAGAUUUUUCGGAGCCAGCGACGCAGGCUAACAUUGUGCGUUCCAAGUCAGAAUCACCAGUCCUCGACUUUUCAGCAGAAUAUGCAACCGAACCAAAAAGCAGGAAACGACCCCGUAGCAUUGAGGACAACGAUGAAAACACGUGUCCCUUUUACGUUGACGUGGUUGGUGAAGACGUGGAAUAUGACUCAGAUCAAUGCAUUGGGUUUGAUGCCUGCGUAUUUUGA